CACGCACACUGUCCACCUCACUCGCCCAUUCCUCAUUCAAGAUGCAUCUUAUGUACUCCCUGUCGCCCGAGGGCAAGCGUAUCUACACGCUUAAGAAACUCACUUCAGCUGGCAAGGUCACAAAGUCCGCUCACCCUGCUCGCUUCUCGCCUGAUGACAAGUACUCCCGUCACCGUGUCACCCUCAAAAAACGCUUCGGCCUCUUGUUGACCCAGCUCCCCUCCAAGCAGUACUAAGAGUUUUACCUCACCGCCAACAGCAUCACCGCCAACUAUUCAACCUUUCGCUUCUUUUUUUCGCCCUCAGUGCAUUGUACAAUUUAUACAGCUUUAUUUCUCUUCACCACUCGCAACAAGAACAUUGCGGUAGAACAUUGUACUCAGAUCCAGUUGGAUGCUAGAGAAGUCUUGGCGCGACGAUAUUAAGGGCAGGAGAUAUCAUUAGAGGCUUCAGAUAAGGGUGUGUUCUUUCUCUCCCUCUUUCGUCAAGACGAACCUUCCUUUAUGUAAUAAAGUUGUUCUUAAAUCGCAU